CGGUCCACUUUUCUUCCAAACUCCACUGAACUGUAGUUGUGCUGUGGCAUUCUAAUGGAAAUGACUGCGGAAAGAUCGCAAGGCGCUCAAGAGACGCUUGCGUGUACAAGCGACAAUCAUUCUGCACGAAUACAAUCACCGGAAAAUGCAACUGUAACUUCGGGAGUCGAGAGCGUUGGCUACGAGAACAACCCGCUAUCUUGCCACGAUGAUUGGAGGAUAGCGCUGUAUUAUAUCUACAUCGACUUGACACCAUUGGAGGUGGACGCACACAUUGGAAUACAGAGGAACUAUUGCGAGGAACACGGACUCAAGGGGAGAAUCCGUGUCUCUACAGAAGGAGUAAAUGGCGUUCUGAGUGGAACACACGAAACCCUAAGAGCAUACGAGCGCGCAAUUUCGACAGCAUUGCAGGCACCAACGAGGCAUCAAAUAUGUGAAAACGAACACCAACACCGAAAUAUCCUGCCCGUAAUGAAUGCAAGAGCAAGCACGACUGAUACUUGUAAUCCUGCGGAUGGCACUAUUUGCAUCCUUGACAACAACGAAAAAACGAAGCUGGAAGAGGAGGCGCAGAAUAACGUCAAAGACGAUAAUUACACAACCACUAUUGACUUGGAUGUCAAAUACUGCCGGCUGCGAAAGGAUUUACCGAUCGAAAAGCAGCUUUUCGAUCGUCUCGUGGUCAAGAGAACGACGAACGUUAUCGGCCUUUUUGACCAGUCGCUUUGUGGACAGCAAGAGCAACAGAAACAGAAACGCAACAAAUCGGAACGGUACCGUCGAAGGCGGGAACGCAAACGCGAAGAACAGGAAGCACGGAGGUGCUCAAAUCUUCCCAAUCAACAGCAACAGUUAUAUUCGGCUGAAAAUAAAGUGAAGUCAACAAAAAAUGAGGCAUCCUCCCCUAAAAGUAACCACGCUAGAAACGACAAUGACAUUAAAAAACAACAAGAUGGUGAAGAGACAUCGUCUACACUAGAAAAUCCAUCGCCACUUCUUGACAUGAGUUCCCUCCGUCGAACCGUUAUGGAGGAGCCCCUCAACCCAGCACGACACUUGUCGGCAUCUGAAUGGAACGAAAAGCUCGAUGAAACGUCUUCGUCGUCCAACAAAAAAUCUGCUUUGUUGCUAGAUGUUCGAAACGUAUACGAAAUGAAAGUGGGGCACUUUGCCCAUCCUUCAACACCAACGCUAUUGACGAACACACGAAAGUAUUCCGACCUGCCCAUGAUGCUAGCCUCCAAUCGAGAUAUGCAAGAACGAGACCAAAUAUUCAUGUACUGCACUGGAGGUGUUCGUUGCGAACGGGUAAGCAUGCUGGUCCACGAGUUGUAUCCCGACAAGGAAAUUUUUCAGUUACAGGGAGGGAUCCAGCGGUAUUUAGAGGCUUGCUCUGAACAGCCACAGCAACAAGAAGACAACCAGGAACCACAUAGUAAUCAACAAGAAGCGGUUGAUAGAAAGGACGGUGCCAUAGGAAAAAAGAAUCCGGGUUAUUUUAUCGGGAAAAACUUUGUAAGUUCCUUAAAAUCCUUGUUCGGUUAUCUUUUAUUAGAACUAAUAGUAAGAAAAAUAUGUUCUGAUGAGAACUUCUGGAGAAUCCGCGGUUUUCAUUUUUUCAACUCAUGCCUUUGCUAUUCUGUCAAACAAAUGACUUGUUUCAACCGAUUUUUUCCGACCUGUGCAUGAAUCAAAGGUAUUUGAUCCACGUAGAACGGAUCCUGUUCACUUCGGGGAGACUGUCGGUCGGUGUUUGGUUUGCGCAAAGCCUCACGACGAUUAUGAUAACGGCCACUCGCCAAGCGACAACAAGGAAGCACGUUGCAAUAAUUGCCGAAUGCUAAUUCUGAUAUGCAAUGAUUGUCGUCCGAAGUAUAGAUGUCACGGAGAGGAAGAAAUCGACCAUGGGAUCAAAGAUGAAAAAACGGCAGCCAGAGAAGAGAAAGACAGUAGCAAUGAGCAUUCUGUGCGGCCACUUUUGUAUUGCAACCUGGAUCAAUGCAUUCACGAAGGUUCCUCUCCGGACCCGGAGCUUCGAGUUUUCACAAAGUGAAGUGAAGAAUCAAUGACAGUGGCUUGGUUGGAAUGCCGUUAAGACAUGCAAGGAGAUCAGCAUUCGACAAUACUUCCACAAUGCAUUAUCGGCUUUCAUAAAAAUUCAACAAAUUACUUUAUUACUGUAAUAAUGUAAUAAUGUACUAGAAGUACCUACUGGUCGCAAGUAAAAUUUUCACCUAAAC